GAGCACCCACGCGGGCGGUGGACUCGGGAUUUCUGGGUAUCAUGUUGACAGCGUCUGUUGAAGUCAAAUGCGGGGGUUAAGGUGACCCUUGAGGGAGGCUAGAGGAAAUGAUGGUAAACCCUGAAAAGGCAUGACAUGUCCAGAUCUCCAAGGUUUUUUUAGAAAAGAGGGAAAGCGCCACGGUCAACCCCCUAUUACGCCAAGUAAUCCGCGAGUUCCCAGCCCCACCCCUGCAGCAGCGAUGCAAAGAGGACAAAUCACCGACGUAGGGAGGGGGAAAAAAGAAAACCCCCAGGGAAGAGGGAAGGGAGGCAGCGAGUGUAGGCACCGAGCAGUCUCCAACCACUGAGGCGAGAGGGAACGCGAUCUGGGGAAACAAACUCCGCAUCAAUAAUUUGAGUUUGGAGCCCAGUGCUUUCAGAGAUUCGGAGCGCACCUCCCCAGCUUCGCCCGAGUUGAGACAGGGCAGCGCAGGCAAAGGGGCGGGCAAUUCGACCGAGAGCGGCAGAACUGGCUGGUGGCACACGCUGCGCCGGGAGACACCCGCAAGAGAGCGAGCAGAGCCCGGCUCGCGGUGAGCGCUACAAGGAGGGAGCGCACCGCGCGAGCAGGCGGGAAGGGAGCGGGCCUCCGCCGAGGCCGAGGAAGCGCUGCAUGGACAGCAUGAGUUUCUCCGGGAGCCCCGGCGCGGGGCCCGCGGGGAACUCCAGCCCAUGGUGGCCUCUGGCCGCCAGCGGUGCCAACACCAGCUGGGAAGCGGAGGCGCUCGGGAAAGAUGACAGCCCGCUGGCGGACGAGCGCAACGAGGAGCUGGCCAAGCUGGAGGUCGCCGUGCUGGCCGUGAUUUUCGUGGUGGCCGUGCUGGGUAACAGCAGUGUGCUCCUGGCGCUGCACCGCACGCCUCGCAAGAUGUCCCGCAUGCACCUCUUUAUCCGCCACCUCAGCCUGGCCGACCUGGCCGUCGCUCUCUUCCAGGUGCUGCCUCAGCUGUGCUGGGACAUCACCUACCGUUUCCGCGGACCCGACGGGCUCUGCCGCGUGGUGAAGCACCUGCAGGUGUUCGCCAUGUUCGCAUCGGCUUACAUGCUGGUGGUCAUGACCGCCGACCGCUACAUCGCCGUGUGCCACCCGCUGAAGACGCUGCAGCAGCCGGCGCGCCGCUCGCGCCUCAUGAUCGCUGCCGCCUGGGUGCUGAGCUUCGUGCUGAGCACUCCACAGUACUUCGUCUUCUCCGUGGUCGAAGUGAGCAACGUCACCAAGGCCUACGACUGCUGGGCCAAUUUCAUCCAGCCCUGGGGUCUCCCCGCCUACGUGACCUGGAUGACCGGCAGCAUCUUCGUGGCGCCCGUGGUCAGCCUGGGCACCUGCUACGGCUUCAUCUGCUACCACAUCUGGCGCAACGUCCGCGGAAAGACUGCGGUGCGCCAGGGCAAGGGCGCCCGCGCGGAGGGCGCAGGUGGCGCCUUCCACCAGGAGCUCCUGCUCGCGCCGUGUGUCAGCAGCGUGAAGACAAUUUCCCGCGCCAAGAUCCGCACGGUGAAGAUGACCUUCGUGAUCGUGACGGCUUACAUCGUUUGCUGGGCGCCCUUCUUCAUCAUCCAGAUGUGGUCUGUCUGGGAUAAGAAUUUCCCCUGGGUCGAGUCGGAAAACCCGGCCACCACCAUCACUGCAUUACUGGCUUCCUUGAAUAGUUGCUGCAAUCCCUGGAUAUACAUGUUUUUUAGUGGCCAUCUCCUGCAAGACUGUAUCCAAAGCUUCCCAUGCUGCCAAAACAUGAAACAAAUAUUCAACAAAGAUGAUUCUGACAGUAUGAGCAGAAAACAGACUUCCUUCACUAACAACCGAAGCCCCACAAAUAGGACCGGCGUGUGGAAGGACUCAGCUAAAUCUUCCAAGUCCAUCCAAUUCAUUCCUGUUUCAUCCUGAGCAUGCAGCCUGACUCCUGUAACGGACUUUUCAGCCCACUGACUGAAUCCAGCUAGAAAUUAUUAGAACAAAUAUAAGAUAAAUCAAUCUGUUGAGUACAAGACUGUGUUUCUAGUUGCAUUUUCACAUUGCUACAAGCAAAAGCUAUGAAUUGUUUUAUACGGAAUGUUAAUAAAAACAUGCCACACUAAAAUCUGCAGACCUAACCCAGAAAUAACAGAAGUCAUAUUUCUAAAGGAAAAAGCAUAACCACCUGGCUUUAUAUUUUGCUGUGGGUUUCUUUUCUUUUUAUUUCUGACAUAACUAAGGUUUGGUUGGUUUAGAAGUCGUAUAAUGUAGGGGCAUUAUUUCUGAACAAAGUAAGCUCAUCAGCAGCCUUAGGAUUUGAAAGGAAUUAGAAGAGACGUCAGAGAAAUUAUGUUUCCGUCCAGUAAAAUUAAUUUAUGUAUCAGAAAAUGCAGUCUCAAACCGUGGCCUGGAGUGGGAUGGUGCCUUGAAGAGGCAUGAGAGCUUGAGGUAUAUUGAGUAGGGGGUGCCUGUUGCAGAGUGGAAAGAGGAAAGUUCUGUUAGAAGCUAUAAAUCACCUCCAUUUCAAAACAGUAACUUUAAAACUGGCAGUUCCCUCCUUUGGUUCCUCAUGUUUCAUUGGUUGUCAAAAGCAUGAUUACCAAGAUGCUGAAGGUUAGAGAAAAUGUUGUCAACUGGCCGAUAAUAUCUUUUUCUUCCCACUGCAAAGUUGCUUUAAGGUCAGAUUUGUAUGAAAAAUAUGCAAUUUUAUUAGAAGAGUAGAAAGUAGAUUGCCUAAGGUAUUAUGUAGGCUUUCUCUAGAAGAUUGUAAGCAUGUUUUGACCAGCGUUAUAAGGUAUCCUGUGCUAUACUGGAUAUUAACACCAUCAUUACUUCAUGUCUGAGGAAUCCAGAUUCAUAGAUACGAGUCUCCUAAAGAAUGACUCAGGAUACUGAAUGUUCCCUCAUGUUUAAUUAAAAAUAACUUGGUCCUUCCUUCUGAUCACCCACCCGUCGAACAGUCUCACAGUGGAGGAGAAGCAGGGCUGGGCAGGAAGAGGGCGGGGAAAUAGAAAGAAAACUGCUCUGCAUCUAGUCUGGCUUCCUUCGUUAUUAAGUGCAUGACUUUAGGGAAAUGGCUUAAAAAGACAUAAAGCCUCCAUUUCCUAGGCUGUACAAUGGCGUUGAUAACAUUUACCUCACAGGGUCGUUGUAAGGAUGAAAUGAAAUCAAGCGUGUGAAAAGAUCUUCCUAAACUGUCAAGUGCUGUAUGAGUGUUAGCUCUUGCUUUUAUUACAGUCUUUUGCCCAGGCGGCGGGGGUGGGGGUGGGGGGUCUUCAAAACUUCACAGCUUUUUCCUGUUUGCUUUUCAUUAACCAGAAUGUGUUGGUUUCAUGUCUGGCAUACAAAAUCCUAAAAUUUAAAUAUAGCUCUGCUGAUUAAUCGGAAAGCAUCCCAACGGCCACUGUUAAGUCUAACUGCUGCCUAACCAAAGCUUUCCUAUUUAAAGAGAGAAUUUGCUUUCCUUUGACUGCAGGUAAAUUGAAGCCAGCCAAGAGCAUCAACUUCUUUCAUUUCUAAACAGAGGUAAAUUACAACACUACUGGCUGUUGUUAUUGCAUUUUUCAUUAAUGGAACUCAGUGGGGUUUUUUGAGCUAUUCUGUCUGGCUCCUUUUCCUUCUUAGAGACCUUGCAAUGAUUUGAGGAUACAUCAUAAAUACUUCGCAUCCCUUAGAGGAAGUAAUAGCUAUUUUAAUAGCAUUAUUGUUUUUUUUUUAACUUUGUCGAUAAGAAACUGAGCACUGAAUGGCACUAUGAGAACCUGGAACCAUCAACCUCACUCCUCUUCAUUCUCUUGCCUUUCCAAAUUCUCAGGCCUUUUUCUCCCUGGAUUUAUAUGCCUAAAAAAAAAAGUUUCCAAAUGUUUUAUA